GCAUUCCGAAAGAAGUCUUAUGCCCUCCACUACUAUCUCAACCGUUCUCCUGCACAAAUUUGUGCUACCUUCCAGACUACGAUUCAUCAGGUCAUUGCAACAUCACAGAGAACACGAGAAAGUGGGUCAACUGCUUGGUGGAAACCACUUGAAGCAUCCUUGGCUGCGAUUGGCUCUCAAUCUGAAGAUGUCCUCGAGUGCAUUGAGAAUGAACAGGAUUCUGGUCGAGCAAAACCUAUUGACGUGGAGGAUUUGCUUGCCAAUGUUGUUCCGUCAGUCUUAAACCAGUCUGACUUUCCAUUCUUGCAAGGCAGAGGUUUCGUAUUCGCGAGCCAGUUUGCCAGGCUAUUGCCAUUACAGAUGGCUGGUCAGUAUCUGGAAGCCGCUAUGCAUGUCAUUGAAUCGAAUUCUGCUGGGAUUCCCGUGAAAAUAUCUGCUGUCAAAGCUAUCCACAACUUCUGUGAGGGCGCGGAGGACUCGGCUAUUAUGCCUUUCGUGUCGCGGAUUGCACAGGACCUCGGGCCAUUCCUACUGGUAACAACUGAGGACACGCUAUCCUUGGUUCUUGAGACGAUGUCGGUUGUUCUAGAUGUCAACAGGGCUCAAUGGCUCACUACUGACUUGUCCAACUCUCUCGUAUUGGCCGUCCUGGAAGUCUGGGCAAAGAAUAACAAAGAUCCCAUCUUCUUAUCAAUUUUCGCCGAAAUAUUCACCUCGCUGGCCUCUUCGACUGGCACAGGAGUGUACGAAACGGUUGUUAAACAGGCACUUCCCACCCUCUGUACUUCCAUCGCGAGUUCCAAACCUCAAGAAGCCUGGAUAGCAGGGUCUGCCAUUGACUUGAUCUCAAGCCUCGUUCGCGGUGCACCCGAAGGUGGCCUUGGAGACGGCUUCUUCGCUCUCCUAGCACCUAGCUUGUUUAGCUGCCUCAGUGAAGCGGAGGAUCAUUGCAGGCAGAUCCUAGAAUGGCGGGACCCAUCCGGUCAAUCCGGUCUCGAUCAUAUCAUGAAGGUUAUUGCGAAGCUCCUGCAAAAUGAUGAUGAAUCCGGUGGUUUGGUCAUUGGUGAUCUCAUCAUCCACUUGCUGCGCCAUGCAGGUGAAGCUGUUCUCCCAGUACUUCCAGAGCUUCUUCAAGCUAUGGUAUUACGGAUGCUAUCGGCCAAGACGGCCACUUUCAUCCAGAGCCUCGUUAUUCCAUUCGCGUUCCUCGCCUACAACCAGCAGGACACAGUAUUGUACUUGCUGGAAUCGACUACGACGAAUGGCAGAAACGGUCUUGAUAUUCUCAUACAGACGUGGUGUGAGAACGCAGAAACGUUCCAGGGCUUCUGGCAAUCGCGUGUUAGCACACUGGCGCUCACAAAAUUGUACGCCUCUGGUCGGCCAAGCCUGCAAUCAUUGAUGGUCAAGGGCGAUAUUAUCUUGAAGCCAGAGACGAAGAACGUGAUCAUGACCCGGUCGCGAAACGAAGACGAGUAUGCAUCAUUUACCUAUCUCUGGUUUUUCUUUGCUCGGUUUGAUGCUGACUUUUGGCGUGCACGACCUCAGAGCUGGGGUGAUUCUGCGACGAUCCCCAAAGCUGAAUUUGAUGUAGACUCCGACGAUGGUGAUGAAGAAUGGACAGAAGAAGAGCAACAGAAUCAGGGCUUCAAGCAAGAAGAAUUUGCCUUCCUUUCCGAGAUGCUGGGUCCCCGCGGCGUCAACUUUGACAAUGACGACAUUCUGGAAGAGACGGAUGAUGAAGACCUCAGAAACGAUGGUAUCUCUCAGAUUGACAUGCAGGCACAUUUGGUGACAUUCUUCAAAGAAUGCGCAGCGCACAAUGUCAACAACUUUUCCGCAAAACAUGGACCAAUUGUCGGCUGA